AUGUCCGCAAUCCUAUACGACGCAGCAGAGGCCGCUUUUGCGUGGUACCUCUCUCGAACCAUCACCAGAGGCCGACUCACUCUGCACACUCGCACCCGGACUCACUGUUUCCCGACCUCACUACUCUGCGCAGAGGACAGCGAGCUUGGUGCAGAGCUCACAGUUCACGAUCCGGCGUUCUUCCUGAAGGUCCUUUCGCCGGCCGCUUCUCCAGAUCUCGUGUUCGCGGAAGCAUACAUGCGAGGGGAUGUCUCAUUCAAGUCGCGUCGGGACAUGGCCAGGUUUUUUGAGAUUUUUGCUAUCAACCGUGAUAAUCCUUUGCCUUCGCUUCCUGUGCCAAUCUCUUCGAUGCUUGCAAUUCCCGGCUCUCUGCUGAAAAUUCCCGCCCGAAUCAUUGAGCGUCUAGUGUCAGAAGGCACUCUUGCUAUGGCUCGUCGCAACACCAGCGCGCACUACGAUCUGGGGAACGACAUGUUCAAAGUAUUCUUGUCGAAGGAUAUGACGUACUCUUGCGCCAUAUUCCCAUCGCUCGACGCGGACGACAAGCUGGCUAGCAACGAGACCAGUCCACGCAUGGGGUCCAAUGUCGUGAACGGCACAUCUGACAUGCCUGACGCACUGCACGAUGCACAGAUACGCAAGCUCCAGCACAUCAUAUGCAAAGCGGAUAUACAACCAGGUCAUCGCGUCCUCGAGAUUGGUUCCGGCUGGGGCUCGCUUGCGCUGGAAAUUGUGCGCACAAUCCCGGGCACGACGGUCGACACCAUCACGCUCUCAACCGAGCAGGCGGAGUACAUCCACGCGCUCCUCCGGCAGGAGCGUCAAGAACGCCUGCGUGACACUGGCCACUGCAUGUUCGACUAUGACGCAGCGACGCAGCCCAUCGGCGACCGCGUGCGCGUGCACCUCAUGGAUUUCCGCGUCAUGCCGCAGGAGUGGGCGGGUGCGUUUGAUCGUGUUGUCAGCGUGGAGAUGAUUGAGGCCAUCGGGCGUGACAUGUACGAGACGUACUUCGCCGCGAUAGACUGGGCGCUGAAGAAAGACACGGGCGUCGGCGUCGUGCAGGCCAUCACCAUUCCCGAGGGGCGGUACGACGCAUAUAUCAAGGGCGAAGACUUUAUUCGGAAAUACUCUCUGUCUCAGAUUCUCAUUCACCCAUCCGUACUCGCAGUCUUCCCCGGCGGCGUACUCCCGACGCUGACGCAGCUCACUCACGCAGUAGUCUCCGGCUCGUCGCAGCGCCUCGUGAUCGACUCCGUUGCGAACAUCGGCCCGCACUAUGCGCGGACGCUGCGCGAGUGGCGGCAGCGGUUCGAGGCGGGGUUCCGCGACGUCGAAAAUGCGCUGAAGGCGAAGUACCCCGAUGUGAUGAAUGACACACCUGCGGGGCGCGAGGAGAUCGCGAGAUUCAGGCGCAAGUGGAUUUAUUACUUCUGUUAUUGCGAGGCGGGCUUCUCGAGGCGGGUGCUCGGAGAUCAUAUCAUUACGUUUAUCAGAGACGGGAACGUUGCGUACGGCUGCCAGAUCUUCGCUUAG